UGUUUAGUUUUGCGCCAUAAAUAAUGUAGAAUAAAAACCUGGAUGCGCGCCACUAACAACAACCCUGUUCUUGUGUUUGUAUAUGAAAACCACCCCUAUGGGGACGUUCUGUGCACGCUUCCUCCUACUCCCCCUCUCCAACACUUACACACGGGUUGUUAACUUUGUGGUAUUCUGAAAAAGGCGUCGACAAGCGCGUACUGCAACAUUUCAAUUGCAACAAAAGAGUGUUUAAAUUAAUUUUAAAAUGUUUAACAUCUGUGCAAUGUGCACAAUUGCGGCGCAAGGCGCCUAAAAGUCAACAACGAAUACGGCAAAUCUAUAGCAAAGCUUUUUUUCCACAAGUAUACACACAAACACAUUCGCAUAUCGAGAGAGAGGCAGGCAGCCAUGGCAAGCAGUUGGGGUUGUGUAUUGGGGUUAGCUGCUGCUGUCUUGGCGCUUUGCGUGUUAUUGUUUACUAGUGCGGCGCAGGCGAAUUCCCUUAAUGCCAAUACCAUAGAAGAGCCGGAACGUCGCCAUCAUCAGAGGCACCACACCAAUGAGCACGAACGUGAGCGUGAGGAGAAGGGCUACUGUGCGCCGUACAAUGGCAAGGUGUGCAAGCAGUUCAUCACUGGGCCGGUCUGGUAUAGCCUAGAGGAUCCCACAGGCGGCUGGCGCAACGAGCAAGUGACCACAGCGCUCUGGGAUGAGUUAAUAGUCGAUCUGACAGGCUUAUGUCGCGAGGCAGCAGAGAAAAUGCUUUGUGCUUAUGCCUUUCCACGCUGCCAUGUGGAGCAGAAUCGUGCAGUGAAGGCGCCGCUUUGCUUUGAGGACUGCCAGGCAACGCAUUUGCAGUUUUGCUACAACGAUUGGGUGCUCAUCGAGGAGAAGAAGGAGCGUAAUAUGUUUCUCAAAAGUCGCGCGCACUUCCGUCUGCCCAACUGCACCGCCUUGCCGCACUACGAUGCUGGCAUGCAACGCGCCAGCUGCUCCUACAUAGGGCUGACUGAGAUUAAGGAUGCUGAAGUUAGCUACGACUGUCGCAAUGGCAAUGGACGUUAUUAUUUGGGCAGCAUGAAUAUGACCAAGACGGGCAUUCCUUGCCAGCGUUGGGAUACACAAUUUCCACACAAGCACAUACAACCACCGCUGGUGUUUCCGCAGCUGCUCGAGGGUGAAAACUAUUGCCGUAAUGCCGGCGGCGAGGAGCCGGAGCCUUGGUGUUAUACACUGGAUGAUUCUGUGCGCUGGCAGCACUGCGAUAUUCCCAUUUGCCCUGACUAUGUGGAUCCCGCUGGCAAGGAUUUGAGCACGCCCAUCAAAAUGGAAGAGUUCUUUACACCCAGCAUGAUCUUUCUGCUUGCUGGCAUUGGCUUCAUAGGCAUUGUGGCGCUGCAUCUAAUUAUUCUGCUGGCCUAUAAGCUCUCCAAGCACAAGCAGUACACACAGCCCUCACAAACGAUUACCAUGAACGAGUGCAGCGCGUCUGUGCGUGGAGAUUGCAAUGCCUCCAUGCGUGGGGACUGUAAUCUUUCUGCCAGCCAUGAGACACUGGGCUCCACUGGAUUUCACAAUAGCAAUGCCAAGUGUGGCACCAUUCGCAGCACAGCCACCAUACACAGCAAUUGCAUUAUGUUAACAUCCACUACGGCAGCUGUGCAGGAGUCCAAAACCAAGCUGAAUGCACGUCUGGAGAAGCUGGAGUAUCCUCGUGGUGAGAUUGUCUAUGUGCGUUCGUUGGGCCAAGGAGCUUUCGGGCGCGUGUUUCAAGCCAAGGCGCCAGGAUUGGUCUCCGGUCAUGAUGAGCUGUUGGUGGCAGUUAAAAUGCUCAAAGACGAUGCCAGCGAUCAAAUGCAAACGGAUUUUGAGCGUGAGGCCUGCCUGCUGGCCGAGUUUGAUCAUCCGAAUAUUGUAAAGCUGCUGGGCGUUUGCGCCUUGGGUCGUCCCAUGUGCUUGCUCUUCGAGUACAUGUCACCGGGCGAUCUGAGCGAGUUUCUGCGCGCCUGCUCGCCAUAUGCUACGCAUCAGGCGCCUACAGCACAACGCCAGCAGUUGGAUGAUCUGCAGCUGCUGCGCAUGGCCUCGCAUGUGGCCUCUGGCAUGUUGUACCUGGCCGAGCGCAAGUUUGUGCAUCGCGAUCUGGCCACACGCAAUUGUCUCAUCAACGAGCAGAUGGUGGUGAAGAUAGCGGACUUUGGGCUGUCGCACAAGAUCUAUCUGCAGGACUACUACAAGGGCGAUGAGAAUGAUGUUAUACCCAUACGCUGGAUGCCCAUUGAGAGCAUAUUGUACAACAAAUUCUCGUUGGAGUCGGACGUCUGGGCCUUUGGCAUCUGCCUCUGGGAGAUCUUCUCCUAUGCGCUGCAGCCAUACUUUGGCCUCACACACGCCGAGGUCAUCAAGUACAUCAAGGAGGGCAACGUGCUGGGCUGUCCCGACAAUACGCCGCUGUCCGUUUACGCCUUGAUGCGUCGCUGCUGGAAUCGCAAGCCCAGCGAGCGUCCCGGCUUUGCGGAGAUUAAUCAUUGCAUCCAACACAGCAUUGCUGAGUGCGAAUGCAAGGCCAUGCUCUAGAUGCAGUCACAGCAAUGAAAUGAUACCGUCUACGAAUCCGUGUCCAAAAUUUUAAAUGCACGUUUGUAGAGUCGAAUUGAAACAGGAAUUUUAUGGCAUGCGCCAGUUGGAAUAGCUGAAAGCAUAAUUGACCAAAAAAUGCUUGUAAAUGUUGCUUCUUUUUCUUCCUUACUUUCUCACUCUCAACUCUUUUUUGCCAGCUACUUCCAAUGGCGCCUGGCCACACACGCUCGAAUUAUACUUAAAACACACAUAGUCAACAAUAAUUACAAUUAAUUUUAUGCUAAUUAUAUUUAGCUCACAACGAAUGCCGCAAUGUCUGCCAUUUUUAUAAUUCAUAAAUACUCCACAAGCAUAUCUAGUCCGUAGUUUACACAUACUCUAUACAUAUAACAC